CGCAUGCGCGUGGGAAGCCUAGGGUAGGCCCUGCUGUUUUUCUAACUCUAGUUCAAUCCUACACUGCCGUCUCAACCAAAACAAGGCGCAAGAAAAUCCCCCUCCUGGACGGCAAAUAACCGAGGGUUGGAUUGGCAUUGCCAUUGGAUUGGAGUUACUUUGUUUGGAAUUAAAACGCUCAAUGACAAUCUACAAGAGCCCUUCUGCAACCUUUCCAACCUAAAGAAGGCGUAACAGGUGAGCAAGGGCGAGGAAAUAGGAUGUUUGUCUGCGUUUGACCUGUGGACACAAUCAGCCGCCUUUAGACUGGGAGAGGCUCACGUGAGCUUGGCUAUAACAAUAUACAGAAGCAAACAGAUUUAAGAGCAGAUUUACAGUGGUUCAGGAGCGUUGCUGCUAUUACAGAAAUAAUGACAUGAGUAGUGCUAACAUGUGGUGCCUCCAGUCUCACACCCGACUGAAAGCACACACACCCCACAGGGACCCACAGCAGGCCUUUCUACCUUGACCUCAGAAUCCUCUGAUUGACCCUGCACACAAAAACAUUCAUAUUCACACGCACCUUCUGUCUUGCCCACCGAUUGUCCUCAUCCUACAUCCUGUGGCAAGCUUCUCUCUUCCUUCCUUAGAGCAAGCACGCCUGAAGGUUAAUGUACAAAUGUCUACCUCACGCUUAAAGAUCCUCUCUCUACAACUGCGACCCUGAACACACUACAAAAAUGACCUCCAGCAUAGACCGGGAUGACAGCAGUAUCUUUGAUGGGUUGAUGGAAGAAGAUGAGAAGGACAAAGCAAAAAGAGUAUCUAGGAACAAGUCGGAAAAGAAGAGGCGAGACCAGUUCAAUGUGCUCAUCAAGGAACUGGGCACCAUGUUGCCGGGAAACACCCGCAAGAUGGACAAGUCUACCAUCCUACAAAAGAGCAUCGACUUCCUGCGCAAGCACAAAGAAAUUGCUGCGCAGUCUGAGUCGAGUGAAAUCCGUCAGGACUGGAAGCCGCCCUUUCUUAGCAAUGAGGAGUUCACACAGCUGAUGCUGGAGGCAUUAGAUGGCUUCUUUCUGGCCAUCAUGACGGACGGCAACAUAAUCUACGUCUCAGAAAGCGUUACGUCUUUAUUAGAACAUCUACCUUCUGAUCUUGUGGAUCAGAAUCUGUUGAAUUUCCUCCCUCUUGGUGAGCAUUCGGAGGUGUAUAAAGCCCUGUCCACACACAUGCUGGAAGGAGAGACCCUCACCCCAGACUAUCUAAAGACAAAGAACCAGUUAGAGUUCUGUUGCCACAUGCUCCGGGGCACGAUCGACCCGAAAGAGCCGCCCGUUUAUGAGUAUGUCAAGUUCAUCGGAAACUUUAAGUCCCUCAACACUGUGCCUAACUCAACACGUAACGGCUUUGAGGGAGUGAUCCAGCGAUCGCUGAGGCCUGCUUUUGAAGACAGAGUGUGUUUCAUAGCAACUGUGAGGUUAGCCAAACCUCAGUUUAUCAAGGAAAUGUGUACUGUAGAGGAGCCCAAUGAGGAAUUCACCUCCAGACACAGUUUAGAGUGGAAAUUCCUCUUCUUGGACCACAGGGCUCCUCCCAUCAUAGGUUACCUACCCUUUGAGGUUCUGGGUACUUCAGGGUACGACUACUAUCACGUGGAUGACCUGGAGACUCUGGCCAAGUGCCAUGAACACUUGAUGCAGUAUGGUAAGGGCAAGUCGUGCUAUUACCGUUUUCUGACUAAAGGUCAGCAGUGGAUCUGGCUUCAGACUCACUACUAUAUCACCUACCACCAGUGGAACUCGCGGCCUGAGUUCAUCGUCUGCACACACACUGUGGUCAGUUAUGCUGAAGUGAGGGCUGAACAGCGCAGGGAGUUGGGCAUUGAGGAAUCGCCUCCUGAGAUCUCAGCAGACAAGUCUCAAGACUCCGGCUCUGAGUCCCAAUUAAACACCUCCAGCCUGAAGGAGGCACUAGAGCGAUUCGAUCGCAGCCGCACACCCUCUGCCUCAUCACGGAGUUCCCGCAAGUCCUCCUCACACACCGCCGUCUCGGACCCCACAUCCACACAGACAAAGCUGCAGACAGACCAUAGCACACCACCCCGCCAAUCAGUGUCUGCCAUUGAGAUGACAUCACAGCGGAGGUCCUCCAUUAGCAGUCAGUCGAUGAGUUCUCAGAACACAGGACAGACAAUGGCAACAUCUAUUGUGUCUCAGCCUCAGCAGCCUCAACCACUUCAGCCCACUGUGCAGCCAGUUAUCCAGUUUUCCACACAAAUGGAUGCAAUGCAGCAUCUUAAGGAGCAGCUUGAACAGCGAACACGCAUGAUUGAGGCCAACAUCCACAGACAACAAGAAGAACUGCGGCAAAUCCAGGGCGAGCUGCAAAGGGUUCAAGGGCAGGGCUUACAGAUGUUCCUGCAGCCAGGAGGCGGCAGUCUCAACCUCGGCUCAGUACAGCUGACGCAGGGAUCGUCCGUGCAGCCAGGGGGCGCUCUGUCCAUGCAGGGGGCCGUGGUGCCGGCGGGGAGCCUACAAAGCGGCCUCCAAUCCACACACACGGGGACGCAACACACUGUCACACAGCAUCCUCAGCAGGCUCUGCCACAGCAACAGAACCUUCUCAGAGAUCAGAGCUCCACCCUAACUCAGCAGUCUCAGAGGUCGUCUCACAUGUUGCAGUCUCCUCAGGGAGCACUGCCGGCAUCUUUGUAUAAUACCAUGAUGAUCUCUCAGCCGGCGCAGGCCAAUGUUGUGCAGAUCGCCACAAGCCUGGCCCAGAACAGCAGCCCGAGCGGAGCCGCGGUCGCCACCUUCUCACAAGACCGGCAGAUACGGUUCCCUGCUGCCCAACAGCUCCUCACUAAGCUAGUAACCGGCCCAAUGGCAUGUGGUGCAGUUAUGGUUCCUACCACCAUGUUCAUGGGGCAGGUGGUGACUGCCUUUGCCCCGCAGCAGGGCCAGCCUCAAACAAUCAGCAUCACCCAGCAGCCGCCUGCACAGACGCCGGAGCAGCAGGCUCAGACGCAGUCACAGACAGCUACAGGAACAGCCCAACAGCAAGGACAGGUCCAGGCUCAGCUCGCCCAGCAGCAAACACAAUUCCUACAGGCCCCUCGGCUUUUGCAUGGCAACCAGUCUACCCAGCUGAUCCUUCAGGCAGCGUUUCCUCUGCAACAGCAAGGCACCUUUGCAGCUGCAACACAACAACAGCAGCAACUGCAACAGCAGCAGCAACAGCUGCAGCAGCAACAUCAACAACAACAGCAGCAGCUGCAACAACAUCAUCAACAACAGCAGCAGCAGCUGCAGCAGCAACAGCAGCAACAGCUGCAACAACAACAGCAACAGCAGCAGCAGCAACUGGCAGCUCAUCGCUCAGACAGCAUGACGGACCGCUCCAAUGCGCCACCUCAGUAGCUGACCGCACGUCAGGGACACAACCAAACCUCCCCUGAGCAGUCUUGCAUGCUGGGGGGCUUCUGAGGGGGGUGUUUCAAGCUAAAAAAAUAACAACAGUAUUUUUACUGUACCCUCUCAGAUACCCUUCCACUGCUUAUAGGUGAAGGGCCAGACCUAAUUGGGUGUCGUUUUUUCACCCCAUGCCCUAUUCCACCUAUAGGUAGUUGAUCAACGGCUGCUUGCACUGAAUUGUGGGAGUGGUCCGACCACGAACGCUGAACUUAUCUGCUGGCUGGCAAAGGGAGCAGCGGCGGCUGGUUUUCCCCAAGCUGUCACCAUCACACACCCUUCGUCUCGUAUGCCCAGUGUGUGCCGUCAUCCCUCUUUCACAGGUUUAAUUUAUGCAGAACGAGUGCUUCGAGACUUGGAAGAAGUCCCGCAGGACAAACAGCACCUCUCUCUUUCUCUCCCUCUUUCCUCCUCAUUUUACUUGUCGAAGUAAUUAUGGGUCAGAAAAUAUUUUUAAGAAUGUCGUGUGGAUUCCACUUUUAUUGUACAGUUCACCUGUAAAAUAAUGUGUAAAUAUAUGGACAAAAGGAAAGAGAAACUAAUAUUUUAUAUGAUGCAUGAGAUGAAAAGCGUAGUCUGUUAUUUGUAGCUUUGAAUAUACUUUUUUUUUCUAAUAUUCAAAGGAAAAAAAAGCUAAACUUAAUACACAUAAUGGCUGAUCUCUU